AUGCCUCCCUUUGAAAAACAAACCAAAACAAAACCUUCCAAGGACAUUAAAUGUAGAACUUGUGUUUGUGGAGAGAAAUCUUGUAAACACUUCAACAAGUUGUUUAAAGUAACUGGAAGAAAAAAACCUUUCCUUGGAGCCAGAAAUUGGAUUCUUUGUGAGAUAAUCUCCAAAAAUCCAGAAUUAGGAAACAACGCUGGAAAUGAAUUCGAUAUUGCAUUCACAAAACAAGUCAGCACAUUGAAAAAGUUUUCCCAAAAUGAAAUUUCAUGCAUGAGUCAACCAGAAUACAAUGAAGUAAUUUGUGAAAACUUGUAUGAUCCUCUUGGUUUGGAAUUACAAAAUUGGAAACGAAAGAAAGUUAGUGAUGAAAUGGUGGAGAGUGAAAAUGAAGAUGAUGAUGAGAAAGAAGAUAAUCAAAGCAGUGAUGAAGAGGACAAUAUUCAAGAUGGUGGCCAACUUUUUCUCUCCAUUAUAAACCAAGACUCAACAAAUGUCAAUGAACAACAAUUGGACACGCCAACCACCCCACUAGUUGGUGAGAUUGCAACAAAUUCCUCAAGUACUUUCAUGGCAGAAGUAAACACUACUGAAGUAGAAACUCCUUUUGAAAAUGAAGAUAUUGAUUUGAAUGAUCCUGAUGAGUGUCCUAUUUACAACACUAAACGUGCAUGCUAUGUUUAUUUUGAGGAAGAAGUAUUAGGAAAUGUUAUUGAGCUUUCCGAAAAUUCAUUGAUAAACUAUACUAAUCUCAAAGAAUAUUUAAAGGUAAAGUUGAAUAAGAAUAUUACUGAUAUUACUUAUAUGGAGAAUUCAUUUCCUUGUGAAUUAUCUUUGUCAAAAUGUUCUUAA